UGCUUGUUCAUAACAGAAAAAGUCUUUGUCUCUACUUUUGUCCAAUGAGAAGGAAGAGAGGAAAGAGUAUGUGAGGUAUCCAAUACAUACAGGAGAUACUGUGAAUAUUUGGUUGAGUACAGGGAACUAAGACAGGUACCUAAUGGGGCUACUGCUGCUGCUACUGCUGUUGCCAUCCCUAUCUCUCCAACGCCAGGACCUCUCAGAGAGCAAGGUGGCCACGGGGAGGAUGAUCCUUCCUGCCCUGGAGAAAGCUACCUCAUUCAUGGAGAAGACAUUCAGGGAACUUAACCUAGAUGGAGUAUCAGGAUUCUGGGUGCUGGAAGUGCAACUAAAAGGUGUCUUGGAGAAAUGGGGUCAGGAGCCUGCCCUAAAGCCCCUGAGCCUGAGGGUAGAGAAGAUAGUGAAGAAGCUGUUACCACUCAUCACCAGAGCCACAAUCUACCUCAAGCUCAGUGACUCUAAGUACUUAAAGGAAUUCCAAGAGAUUCUCCAGCCAGGAUUUUGGAAGCUCCCCUAUUCAUGGAGUCACACAAAUGGCUCCAUGAUCUACUCCAAGUUUAACAACUCAGAAUCUUUUUCAGAAGAAUUAAGUGACUCAUGCAUGAUGCUCUUACUGGGAACCAAGAAGGAUCACUUGCAACCAUGCACUGUCACCGAUCUCUGCAAAGAACUCAUGACCAAGCCUAAUUGCAUGGAGUACACACUAUCACACCAGCUCAUCUAUUUCCUGUUUGCCAAAAUGAAAGGAUGCUCAGAUGGCUUAUUCCUCCAAUCUGAAUAUUACAUGGAUGUUUUCUGUGCUAACAUGAUGGCUUUAAACUUGAAAACUGAAGAAGCUGGAUUCCCAUUUCUCAAUAGAGAUAUCUUCAUGGAAAAUAUCAUGUUCUGUGGACUUUCUGGAUACUCAGAUUUCUACAAGCAUAGAUGGCUACAGUCUAUUCUUACCUGGCAGCAACCUAAGGAGGGAUGCUUUGGGAAGCCUUAUGACGAUAGUAAACAAUUACCAAGAGUUGCUGAAGACCAACAACAGUCACUGAGAAGAGUUAAGAGAAGAGAGAAAAGAAUUGCGGGUAAAUCUAUCAAAAAUGGAUGUUCUUCCCAUAAUACAGCUGUGGCAGUUGCAGCCUUAGGUGGCUUUCUUUAUCACUCUGCAGAACAUUCACCAACCAUCAUCAAGCCUUGUUAAUACCUCACAACAAUCAAGCAGCAACUAAAAGAAAUGAUUUUAUAUCUGCUGAAAAUUAAAUACAGUCUUUUUGGUAAUGCAUACCCUUUCCUGAGAGUACAUAAAUUCACAGGGAGAACAAUUGGAAAAGUACUGGCAGACAAGCUAGACAAGAGUAGUAUAAUCAGAAAUUGGGAUUAGCAGAGCGAACAGAAAAGUAAAAGUAAUAGUAUUAUCUAUAUUUAGCAAACCAUAUCCCUGGCUGGUCCCCAGAAAAAACUAAAUUCUUUUAAUUUAAUCAACAUUAGGUAACUCCUGUGUGCAGACAAUUAUGCAAGGUGCUGGAGCAAAACAAUGAUGAAUAAAUAGUGUUUGUCUCAUGGAGUUUACAAUUUAAGUGUCUCUUCCAUCUUGUUCUAAUACAAAACUCCUGGAAAGGUAA